AUGGCGAUGAUGUACAUGGUUAAACGAGGGGCGCCUAUUAACUUCAUGGAUGUCAAGAAACCAUCAGCCACAUCUUGGAGCACACCUGUGGAUGCUUUAGUCUUGACGCUGAGAAGGGAGAAAACUCUUACGGAGAAAAUCAAUCAGUUGGCCAGACACAGUAUUAAGGAACAUCACGAUCCCAACCUGUUUGCCUUCCUGAUGAACAACGUUGUGGACGCUCAGUCGGAGCACGUGUUUGAAGCUGCUGCCUACAUACACAAGAUGGAGAAAGGUGGACCAAAGUUUGGGCUGAUGGCAAUGAACCGACAGAUGGUCACAAAAUAUCGGAACUUCCUGGAUUGUGAAAGCGAUGCGGAGAAAUAUAAGUGGAACUACUGA